AUGCGAGAGUACUCGGACCCCUGCCUGAACUCACCAGUGGAUGCUGACGUUGACUUGCAUCUGGGGGAAAGCGUUACGGAGAGGAACACGUUCGUGUUUGGCUGGUUACAGUUCGAUGCCGCCGCCUUUGAGGGUGACGUACACCCGGAGAGGUCCAAGGCAUCUCCAGGGCUGCAACCCCAUCUUGGUUUUUCCCUCAUUCGGGAGGAAAGAAGGCUGAGCACUUGGGAGAAAUAUCCUUCAUUUUGGUUCUUUUUGUUGCACCAGUUCCUUAACGUCGCUAUCCACCAGGCCUCGCAGCGGCGGGAGUGGGUCCCGCAGCUGAACAGAGCAAUCGGUGUUGGCGAGGACCAUAACAUGACGGAGGCUGGGGCCCUCGCGCAGAGGCUGCAUGCAGCAGCGGAUGGGUUCAGGCUGGGGAAGGGACACAGCGAAGGCCUUCUUGCCUGGCUGGGGCCCCUUCUGCCGGCUCUAGGUCACCCCGAGGCCCCUGCAGUGCAGCAGAAAAAGCUAGGCAGCAAGGCAGCUGCUGCGCGGGAGCAGGAGCAGCAGCAGCUGCUGCACCAGCAGCAGCAGGAGCUCCCCAAGCAGAGACAGCAACUGCAGCAACUACUCAAAGGAUACGCUGCAGCCUCUCCAGCCUGCAUCGAGCUGCUGCAGCUGCUGGAUGCAUGCAAUGAGCGGCUGCUGCAGAAGGCAGCAGAGGUGGGCCGGGCGGGCCAGCGUGGUUUGCCUGAGGGUAUAAGUCCUGCUGCAGCGCGCAUACAGCAGCAGCAGCAGCAGAAGCAGCAGCUGCUGCUGAAGGGCGCAGAUGAAACCGAAGAAGCAGCUCGGGCAGCUCAAGCUGCUGCACUUAUUGCAAGUGCUAUUAUCAAGGAAGAAGCUGCUGCUAGCUGCUGCUGCUACAUUUUCCUCAGCAGCAGCAUGGCGCAUAGCCUCAGCAGCACAGGGUGCAACCGCAGCAGCAGCAGCAGCAGCGGCAGCAGCAGCGGAGUCUCUUCAUGGGGCCAGCGGUGGAGCAGGAGACAAGGUGGUGCAGCAGCAUCCCCUUCAGCAGGCCCUCAUCCUCCUGUGUGA